GAAGGAGCAGGGAUAGAAGCAAGAGAGGGAGGGAGCUCACAUGAGAGAGACAGACUUAAGGCCAUCAGAGUGAGAAAAACGAGAGCAGGGUUUGCUUCCCCGCCCUCGGUGCACCUCGCACUUCUGGCAUGGAUUUAUGCGGCGUGUGUGGAACUGCCGGGAAUUUCUGGGAAUACUGUGGAUUUCAGCUGUGAGGCUGGGGAGCCCCCUCGAGUGGCAUCUUUUUUGCAGGAUGCCCUCCGUGUCUCUGCCGAUGCCCUCUGCUCUGGCAGGGAGGGCCAGGACCUGGGUUUGCCUCUCCUGCAUGUUUUGGCCCGACGAGCUGGAGGGCGUCCACACUCACACCUUUAAGCUGAAGCCAUUCAAGAAGGCCAAGAGUUGUGAUAUAUGCAAGCAGGCCAUCACCAAGGAAGGCCUCAUCUGCAAAGCGUGCCGGCUGUCCUGCCACAAGAAAUGUGAAGUGAAGGUCACCACAUCAUGUCAAACAAAUACCAGCUAUGAGCCGCCUCCCACUCCUCAGCUGCCAUUAAAGCAUGUAGAUACACCGGGAUCUACGAGGUCCUGCAAGAGCGUGGAGAUAAGGCGAAAGCAGUCGGGGAGUCAGAGUGUGGUUCAGGCCAUGGAGGAGAGCUAUGAGGUCGACCUGGUCUACAUCACAGAGAGAAUCAUCUCUGUCUCUUUUCCCGCUGGGGCCGAGGAGCAAAGCUACAACGCCAACCUGAAAGAGGUGGCGACAAUGCUGCGGUCAAAACAUGGCGAGCACUAUCUGGUGCUCAACCUGAGCGAAGGACAGAGCGACUUAACAAAGUUAAACCAUAAGGUUCUUGAGUUUGGCUGGCCGGACCACCAUGCACCAGCACUGGAUAAGAUCUGCAGCAUGUGCAAGGCCAUUGACACGUGGCUCAAUGGAGACACACGCAAUGUGGUGGUACUGCACAAUAAGGGGAACCGAGGUCGAACGGGUGUUGUGGUGGCUGCUUACAUGCAUUACAGCAACAUAUCUGCAAGUGCUGACCAGGCAUUGGACAGGUUUGCAAUGAGGCGCUUCUAUGAAGACAAAGCACUUCCUGUGGGUCAGCCAUCACAGAGGAGGUAUGUGCGAUACUUCAACGGCCUUCUGUCAGGACACAUAAAAAUCAACAACAAGCCUCUGUUCCUGCAUCACGUCAUCAUGCACGGCAUACCUAACUUUGAGUCCAAAGGAGGUUGCCGUCCUUUCCUGAAAAUCUACCAGGCAAUGCAACCAGUCUACACGUCAGGAAUAUACAAUGUGCAAGGGGACAGCAACACCAGUAUCUGUAUCACCAUUGAACCUGGACUGCUUCUUAAGGGAGACAUCCUGCUCAAGUGUUACCACAAGAGAUACAGAAACCCAACCAGAGACGUUGUGUUCAGGGUGCAGUUCCAUACUUGUGCCAUCCAUGAUCUUGGGGUGGUUUUUGGGAAGAAUGAGCUGGACGAGACCUUCAAAGAUGAGAGGUUUCCAGAGUAUGGGAAGGUGGAGUUUGUUUUCUCAUACGGACCGGAGAAAAUCAAAGGCCUGAGUCACUUGGAGAAUGGGCCGAGCGUUUCAGUGGACUACAACACCCAGGACCCUCUGAUCCGCUGGGACUCAUAUGAGAGUUUCAGCCAUCGCUGUGAGGAAGCUGCAGAUGCUGACCACGAUGUUGUUCAUACCCAGGGCCCACUUGAUGGAAGUCUUUAUGCCCAAAUCCGCAAAAAAGACUCCCUGGAGGGAGUUGUCACUGUCAAUGGCCUCCCAGUCCGUGAAAACCCCUUGACUAACGAGAACCCAUUGCAGCACACCAACCAUCCUCUGCAAACUACUGACCACACCCUUCCUGUGGCAGGUCACACUUCCCUCCCUGCUGUCGACCAUACCCUGUCUGUGAGCAGUGACUCAGGCAAUUCUACCGCAUCGAUCAAGACUGAUCGUACAGAUGAGCAAAGCCAAUCUGUGCAGAGUGCUGUGAGCCACAACAAUCCAACAGCAACUCACCCACCACUCAGUCCGCAAGAAAAAAGAGAGCUCGACCAACUUCUGAGUGGCCUUGAGGCACCAACUAAGCGGCAAGCCUACCUGCCUACAUCUACCUGUCCAGGAGGAGGAGUACGACACUUAGUUCCAGCACAGGUGCAUGUCAACGGGAGCCACACCAGGUUAGUGGGCGCUCCUUCAACAGAGGAGCGUGAGACAGAUAUUCUCGACGACGAGCUGCCUAAUAGUCAAGAGGGCAACAGUGUGGACAGUUUGGGCACCAUCUCAUCCCUUGAGGGCCAAGCGACACCAGCUGACUUGUACUACCAAUCACAGACUCCUGUCAGUGGCCAGAACGACGAGCCAUACCUUGAUAGAAGCGAGAUGCCGGUGCAUGGAGUACGAACUGCUACGGCGAUGCAAGAGAGAUCCGUGGACUCACCAUCGCCACAGGGGGGAUACAACAAUUAUCAAAAUGGAGGAGGGAUGUAUCGGUCACAGUCCUUUGGGAACCCACCUGCCAGCAGCCCUGAGACCACCCCAAAACUUAUGCCCAGGGCCCCUGAGAGGAGCACCAGUAGCCGGGAUGCUGUACAACGAGGUCUCAGUGCCUGGCAUCAGCAUAGCCUACCAGACGAUCCAUUUGGUCCUCCUCUUCAGUCAACCCAUAGCUUGCCCCACUUUCCCACCUCAGCUUCACAGCGUGACAUUGAGCAGUCAAUCGAGGCACUAAAUAUGCUGAUGCUUGACCUAGACCCAAUCAACUCUCACAUGUCUAAGUCCCACAGUGCGCCCCCUGGUGAGAACAGCCUCAAUUCAUCCCAGGUGCCAUUCUCCCAGACCCUGGCCAGGCCAUCAUACCAAGCAGACUCUGCUAUCCAUGGCUACAACAGCUCUGGAUCAAUUGGCGACGGCAUUCAUCAGCCCCAUCGCUCAUCUGGGAGAGUCAGCCAGAGCCCAGUUAUGGAGUCUCCAGUGCAUUCUCCCCAGAGGCCCAAUGCUGGCCACCAACACCAAAAUAUCACCCCAACACACACUCCUGAGCCCUACCUCCAUACUCGCCAUGCACCCCUUCAUUACACCACUGAUUCUAAUUUCAAUCAGCAGACCCCAGUGAAGCCUAUGAACUCCCACCCAAGCAGUGGCGCUUCACACUCCCCAGAACUGCAGGGCUCGUCUCCGUAUCCAGGCUAUAGUGCCUCAUCUUCACCCCUUCCCACUGUCACUCCACAGCCCAAGGACACAUCUUCCUCAUCGUUGCCCAGAGAACAAGAUGCAGAGGAGGAGACGCUAAACUUGGAAGGCCUGGUAGCACACCGUAUUGCAGGAGUUCGUUCCAGAGGGAUGACCCCAGAAGUGACACAGGAGACGGGCAGGCGUCGGACCACGAGUGAGGGACAGUACCAGAGCGGCCAUGAUAAUACGUCAGCAGUGCAUUCACCAGACUUUGCCAACAAUCUUGCUCUCAACCCAGGAGGAAGACCCAGAGAGGGUGCAAUGCACAGCUACCGAGAGACGUUUCAGGACAAUGAAACAGACGGGUUUGCCAACAGUUCCACCUUUGGAGGUGGUGGAGCUUGCUCUCCUCCAGGUUUGAGUAAGACUCCUGUGUCACCGCUGGGACUGAAGCCGCAUCAGCAGGGUGGAGCAGACUGUCAUUCUAACACUGGAGAACAAGAUAAUCGAGGUUUUGGUGACUCCAGGGUACAACCCUUGAAUGUUCCUCUCUCCUCCAGCAGUCCCAUCCACAGCACUGAUGGGAUAUCCUUCACGGAGUAUGAUGCUGACAGAAGAAGAACUAGUUCUUCAGAUGGGGUCCCGCACAGCCCCGCCUCUAUUCACCCCCAAAGACCUGCUUCCCCAGACGGAUCUCAGGUCAACAUUAUGGGCGUCCACACAGUCCCCGGCAGCCCUAACACCCUCCACCGCACAGUGGCCACCAACACUCCUCCGAGCCCUGCGCUGCAGAGACGCCUGGGUCAAGCCAGCCCCUUGCUGGGUAGGCACCCACCUCCAUCUGGUGUCCCUUCAAGUCCUCUGAUUGGCCGAAACCCUAAAACAGCAGCUGCCGGUGUGCCACCCAGCCCUCUGAUGGGGCGCCGCACGGCAACGAGUGGACACAGUACGCCUGAUGAGCUGGGCGCUGCCUCUCGCCAGGGGGGCAUCCAUCACCCUGCCACGCCUGCUUUCCCAGUCUCCCCACAGCUGCCAGAAAAGCGACACAUGUCCAGUGGAGAUGCAGACAGAAUGGAGAACAAGAACCUGAUGCCAACACCGAUCAGUGUUAGCAGCACGCCUAACCUGUCUGGGACACACACUCUCCCAGACGUCUCCAAGUCUAUAUACGAUGGUUAUCCUGACAUCAAGAUGAAUGUCAAGUUUGUCCAGGACACCUCCAAGUACUGGUACAAGCCAGACAUCUCCAGAGAGCAAGCCAUCAGUUUGCUGAAGGACAGGGAGCCUGGGGCUUUCGUCAUAAGGGACAGCCACUCUUUCAGAGGGGCCUAUGGUCUGGCCAUGAAGGUGGCCUGCCCACCACCAACUGUCCAGCAGAACAAAAAAGUUGGUGACAUGACUAAUGAGCUGGUGCGGCACUUCCUGAUUGAGACGAACCCCAAAGGUGUCCGCCUGAAGGGCUGUCCCAAUGAACCCUAUUUUGGUUGUCUUUCUGCUUUGGUGUACCAACACUCAAUGACCCCACUGGCUUUGCCAUGCAAACUGAUGAUCCCCACCAAAGACCCAAAUGAAGAGGCACUAGAACUCACCACACCAACUGAUCCAGUUGUUGAACUUCUUAAGCAGGGAGCGGUCCAGAAGGUUCCUGAGGAGGCCCAUGCGUGUAAUGUUCUCUACAUCAACUCUGUGGACAUGGAAUCGCUCACUGGGCCUCAGGCCAUUGCCAAGGCAAUCAGUCAGACGCUGUCAACCAACCCUCUGCCGGCUGCCACCACCGUCCACUUUAAAGUGUCCACACAGGGCAUCACACUCACCGACAGUCAGAGAAAGGUUUUCUUUAGAAGACAUUAUCCAAUAAACACGGUAACCUACUGUGACACUGAUCCCCAGGACAGAAAAUGGGGCAAAGAAGGAGGCGGCUCAGUGAGGCUUUUUGGAUUCGUGGCAAGGAAACAAGGAAGCACAACAGACAAUGUCAGCCACCUGUUUGCUGAGCUGGACCCAGAUCAGCCCGCCUCCGCCAUCGUCAACUUUGUCUCUAAAAUGAUGAAGCGAUGAAACCCUUAACGUUCAAAUGGCAGUGGCUGUUUUGCAAUCUUCCCUCAUUGUUGGUGUCCUCUUUGCCAGGGCUGGAUGGAGUCCUUUUUUUCUGUUUCAUGUUGGGUUUUUGUUUUCCUUCUCUGUUUUUUCCUCUCUGCCUUGCUGGUUUGUUUUGAUCUAAUUGAAGUAGUCUCUGUUUGAAGGCUUUGGUGUGGAUCGAAACUGGAGCUAGAGGAUGUGUGAUGCGGAGCUAUGCAUGUGACAAACAUGGAAGCCAUUUGAGGGAGAAGAUUUAUCGACAGGGUAACCUGUGCUAGGAGAACUUAGCUAAAGACUAAAAGAAAAAUGCAAAGUCUAGUCAGGGAACAUAUAAGGAAGUGGACGUUUCAGGGUUUUCUGUUGUUCUUGUCGAUUGAUUUACCAAAGGUAGCUGCAAUACAAGCGCGAGAAUGAUGUAGCUGUUAAGCCAUUAUUAUUUCCUCCUUUUUAAAAGAUGAAACAUUGAAAAAAAGAAAUCUGCUUUCUUAAACUCAUCUUCAGGAGUAAAAAAAAAAAUGUUGGCCUUGAUGGCUUUUAGCAAAACUGUCUGAAGACAUUAUGCAUGUUAGCUUGAUCUUUAAGCUUGACUCUUCUACCUUCCACAAAAGUCAUUGUGAAAUCCUUAGAGUGGCCAUUUCCAGGUCUGUUUUGUGUCGGAAAGGGCUCUGCAGUGAAACGACUGAUCUAAACUGCACAUAACAGACCAGACUUAACAAAAAAAAAAAGAAAAGGGGAGGGGAAAAAAGGACAAUAAAACAAUGCCACGCUAAGGUCACCGAACUUUGUGUCAGUGCACCCACUUUUGCAUCACCUCAGCAUCCAGUCCGAGCCUGAUUUCUCUCUCUCCACAAAUAAAAACACAAAAAAAACCUUGCUUCUUGGAUUAUCCACCUGGUAUCGGCAAGCUCGUAAUUGCAUGCCAGACAGAGAGAUUGUUUUAUCUAGAAGGUGGAGCCGCUGAUUCAGGCCGAGACUCUUUCCUCCCAGAGUCACACAGACUUCCUCAUCACCAACUGCUUGCAGUAGUGGACCUGUUGAUAGACGCUGCCACUGAAACACACUGGAAAUCACCAGGGACUGGCCCAAUGACCUGGACCUAUGCACUGUUCUUUAUGCAUGUUGUUGUCCCAAAAUGCACCCCCCCACCCCCCUCCCUCAUAGUGACAUCCAACAUCACUGAAAUCAUUCUAUGCCAUGUGCUUAAAACUAAAAACCUUUAGACGAGUACACUGACGUUGUAUGACUUGUCAAAGACUGCAUGAAAUAGAAACUUUUUUUUGUACUCUUCUCAGAGUCCUAAAAAACAAACAAAAAAAGGAAGUAGAACAACCCACUGUUGAAGUAGUCACAUGAUGGUGAGAUGCUAUGUUUUUACCUUUGUUUUCAUUUAGUUUUCGGUCCAUUUGGGCCAGGGUUACCUUUCGCUGUAUCAAGGACAGUUUUAUGUUCCACGGUGUUGUCAAAAUUUACAUCUGGAUACCAUUUAGUGUUAAAAACAAAGAAAAAAAACACACAAGAAGUUUCCACACUGUGCGCAAUGCCUGCUUGUUGAACACACGCUCAACCAUUCACAAUAAGCUAAGGAAAAAAAAUUGAUAUUGAUAUAAAUGUACAUAGAUACUACUUUGAAAGGUGACAUAGCGAAAAAAAGUAUUUAUUUUUGUUGCUUUGGUCCCUCAUGAUUACUCAUAUAUACAUAUAUUGUACAGUCUAGAUAAAGAAGAUUACCUAAUGGGGUGAGAAAAAAAAGAUAUAUACUUAUUUUGGCUAAUGAUUUCAAAGUCUGGCGAUUUUGAAAUGCGUUUGAAUAUAUGGUGUACAUUACUUUGUACAUGUAUAUGUUUGUUUUCACCUUGUCAUGUAUCAGUCUUUUUUCUGCUUCUGUUUUUUUUUUCUUCUUCCCAAACAAGAUGGGGCGCGAAGGAGAUAGGUCUGAAAUGUGUAGACAGAAACAUCUGAGUGUGCUUCCUUACAUUUAGAAGGCAAACAUAUCGAAGCUGUUACAUUUAAAUGUGUGAGAAAAAAAGGAGGAGGCCAACCUCGAAUGCAAUAUGAAAACAGCUUUUAUGCAUCCAUGACAGUUACAGUUAUAAUUUUGCCAAAGAUUCAUACGUCUAUGCUAACUCGCUGCAUGCUGCUUCUCAGUUUCCAUUUUUUUGUGUUUCAUUCAUUCUUCAGUCUAGCUCAGCUUAAGCAGCCAGGUUAUUAUGGGAUGUUCGGUAUUAAAUAAUUGCAAGACAGCAAGACAUUGAGAUGCAGAUGACAAAAGUCUUUUGGGGGCGGGCAGGCGUUUGUUGUCUCCAAAAUAUAUUUGCUUAAGAUUGAAAAGUCCCGCGAGCGACUGAAAUUUCAUAUGGACGUCAGUGCUGGAGGUAGAGAAAGUCAGACAUGUCUCAUCGUGAUGCUAAAGCUCUGCACUUGCAGCCUUGUCAGACCUCCAAAGGCGUCUCCCCCCUUUGAGAGUCAGUGAUUUAUUUAUUCUUAUUUAUUCUUUUAUUUCCUUGCAAAUUUUCAUGUUUCAUUCUCACAGCUUUGCAGUUUUUACAGCGUUAAUGAUUUUAGGAAUGUACGGUGGCGCUUUAUUGAAAGCAAAGAGGUACAGUGCACUUAAAUCAAUGUCAUUUGAAAAGAAUAACUGAAGAAUUAAAUGUUGAAAUACAAUUUUAAAAAAAACUAGACUAUAUUGUACCUGUUGGCUUUGAGUCAAGAGUUACCUUGUUGUUUCAUUGAAAAAAAAAAGAUUCUGUGACCCCUUGUACAGAUGAGACAUGUAUGUUGUAUGAAUGUUCUACUAUGGGUGUGCAAAAGGGUCUCAGAUUUUGUUUACGCUUAUCAUUUACAUUAUGCUGUCAUGGCUUACCUGUUCCUAAGGAAAAAAAUGAAAUAAAAACAUUAAAGCAAUACAGAUACAUUACGUUAAA